CGUUGGUACGCUAGGCACUUGUGGCAAUCUACAUUGAUUUAUUGGAAACCGCAUCUACACUGUUCGUCAGGUGCCGCGAGCACCAUGGACUUUUCUGCUCGAACUACAAACAAGUGCCUCAUUAUACCCACCAAGUAAACUGCGGCAUCGAGUGCGAAUGCUGACACGCCUGCCUAGGCAGGCGCAAGAUCUAAAGCUAUCAAUUCUUCUCCAUUCGAAUAGGCCCUCCGAUCUCUUGAGCUCUGUUGUAUCGCAAUUGUUUACACAUAUUACCGUAAUUUUAUCCAUACUAAUCAUCAUCACCAGAUUAUCAGAACGUCGAGUCUACGAAAGACAUGUCUGGCCGCCGUUUCUGAACAACCGAGCAGCUACUUCGUCCACGGGCCCUUACCAGAAUUUACGCGACAAGAAUCCUAUCGGAAUCCGAGCGCGAAGACCAGAACAAGAAACGAAGCAUUAACAAAACAUUCAAUUCCUAAUCAGCAUUUCCUAACAUGGAAACCAAUCCCGCGAUCUCUAUUUUCCCAUCAUUAUCACUGCACCUCGAUGAAUGCCGUUGAAAUAACGCC